AUGGCUUCUCAGCGGGUAUUUCAGCUUGGUCUGCGACGGGCGGCCGCGCCUGGUCUGAGGGUACAACCUGCGGGACGUAUGGUCCAGCGGAGACUCGCAGCAACGGAACACGCAUCACAGUCCGAAGCCGCCGAGAUCCUCGCGAAACAGCGCAUCAACCGCCCCGUCUCCCCCCACCUGGCCAUCUACAAGCCGCAAAUCACCUGGUACGCCUCAUCGCUGAACCGAAUCACCGGCAUCACACUGUCUGGCUCCCUCUACCUCUUCGGCAUCGCCUACCUUAUCGCUCCUUACACUGGGUGGCACCUUGAAACCCAGUCGAUGGUAGCGACCGUCGCUGCUUGGCCUGCGGCUGUGAAGGCGGGACUGAAGGCUUUCUACGCUUUCCCUUUCUUCUUCCACAGCUUCAACGGCUUGAGGCAUUUGGCUUGGGACGUCGGUAUCGGAUUCAAGAACCAGCAGGUUAUCCGAACGGGAUGGACUGCUGUCGGCUUGACCGUCGCCUUCAGCCUUUACUACACCUUCCUUGGAUAA